AUGCGCCACAUAUUGCCCGCCCGCGCCGCCCCAGCCCCCCCGCCCCGGCCAUCAUCACCCUUCACAUUCACCUACACAAUUUCCCCCACCUCACCGCUACCUCCCGCCAUACCCACGCCCGUAGCCAACCGCCGCCCCUACGACCAGCUCGUCGACCCCCGCACCGACCCAAACUCUGGCAUCCCGCCCAUCGACUGGGAACACUUCCCGAGUUCUCCGUCUCCGUCUCCGUCUCUGUCUCUGUCUCGCUCCCCAUCACCGCCACCACCGCCACGGAAACGCCGCCGCAGCCGCCACACAGACACAAGCCCCAGCCGCACUCCCAUCCGCCGCCAUCGGCAGCCUGCCCGCGACCAGCGUCUAGGCCCGCAUCUCCUCGGCGUAGACACAUCCUCCUCAUCUGUCCUGCAGCUCAUAACUUUUGCUGGCUCCAUGACCAGAAAACCCACUGUUCGCCCAGACAUCAUGCCGCAGCCGACGUCCCCACAACUGCCCGCACGCGGCAUCACGUGCCCGCGCGCCACACAGGCAAAAUCGGCCGCGUGGGGUUGGGGGUGGGUGUCAAUGCGGACCCCCGCUGCGGCAGCUGUGCUCAGCCCGACAGCGCGGCCGGUGCUGCAGCUGAGGUGA